AUGUGCCAAUCAGGCCUGGACGGUCGGCCAUCUGAGUUUGUGAGAGAGCGCUCCUCCUCGCCCUUGCCUCCAUCCAAGUUACAGCUGUUUCCCCAGAGCCGACAAGCCGCAGGCACAUGGGGCCACGCGGGCCGGGAACGGUUUAGUGCUUCCCCACAAAUCUGGACCGAGACGACGUCCCGACGCGAUGAAGAAGUGGUACUGAUGACGCGAAUAGGGGUCAGAGUGGCACAAUCGGUAUGCUUUUUUUGUGAGUCAGUGCGAGCUAAGGAGCAUUUGCCUUUUUUUUUUAAUAAGAAAUUUAGAUGGGAACCUUGGAAACUAGACCGCUUGAUAAACCCGUGUCGAGUCCUCAGCGGGGACCGGCAUAUCUCAUACCGAAGCGCCGCUUACGACCGUUUUGCAACCAGCGCAUUUAGCGCUAAAAUGAUUGGCAGCUAA